AUGUCAUUAACAAUAAUAUUUUUGGCGUGUUGUGUCAUCGCAGCAAACGCAGGCACCACUCAGAUAAAACGAGACUUGACUGCUCUUGGGUUAAUGGGUGAAGACGACCAAGAAGAUAGUUUAAUGUCAAUCAUAUCUUUUGUCAAAACGCAGAUAAAGACCUUCAUAGAGGACCUGCUAUGGGAAGCUUUUAAGUGCAUAAGGACUAUGAUAUUAACAUUCAAAAGAAAAGUUUUUAAAAAACUAAAAAAUUACACCAUAUCUGACAUUUUUAAUUUUUUCUUUGAAGGUAUAUUUGAGUUUGUUAGUGAUGAAGAUUCUGGAUUAGAGGAGCACCAUCAUGCUAAAAUGGUGCCUUUGGAACCAGCUUGGCUACCCCACAAUAGUACUGCUGAUCCCUAUAUAAUUAAUAGACUUAUUCAUUCGGGGGAAACGUAA